AGAGGAAACCGAGAUGCUAGUUGUUAUGUUGUUUGGGCUUAUCGGGAUUUGACACGGUAUACAAAAAGAUAAGGGCGUAUGUAAGGCAUGAUAAAUAAGGACACUAGGUUAUUGGAGUGCGGCCACGAAGCACACGGUUCUAACAAUCACAAUCAAGCACUCAACUCUAUUGCGGAUUCGUCUGAAAAAGAAGUCAACACCAAUGAUUCGUCUUGGCAGUGUUUGACAGACACUAUGUUAAAGCAUAUCAGUUUAGUUCUUCUGACUUUACAAAAUGCUUGUCUCAUUCUGGUCAUGCGGUACACCCGCACCAGAAAGGGGGACAUGUAUUACGCCACAACUGCAGUGGUGAUGUCGGAGGCCCUAAAGGUCUUGACCUCUCUGGCUAUUUUGGCCAAUCAAGAAAAGACUUUUUCCAGCUUUCUGUGCUAUCUUAGGGACAAUAUAUGGAGGCAGCCCAUGGACUGUUUGAAAGUGUCUGUUCCUUCUAUUAUAUACACUCUGCAGAAUAACUUAUUAUAUAUAGCUCUUUCCAAUUUAGAUGCAGCAACAUUUCAAGUAUCGUAUCAGCUGAAAAUUUUAACCACUGCCUUGUUUUCUGUCCUGAUGCUGAACAGGAAACUCAGUCCUCAGCAAUGGAGUGCCCUAGUGAUAUUAUUUGUGGGGGUGGCUUUAGUCCAAUUCCGACCCCAAGAUUCAAAAUCAUCAAAAAUGAACACAAACCAAAAUCCCAUGAUGGGUUUAUUUGCUGUGAUUCUCUCAUGUUUCAUGUCUGGUUUUGCCGGAGUUUACUUCGAGAAAAUUCUCAAGGGCACAAAACAAUCUCUCUGGCUGAGAAAUGUCCAGCUGGGAAGCCUGGGUGUGAUCAUUGGACUAAUCACCAUGGAGAUUAAAGAUGGACCAAAAAUUCAGGAGCAUGGUUUUUUCUUUGGUUACGAUUACACAGUGUGGGUAGUGAUUUUAUUUCAGUCUCUUGGCGGACUCCUUGUGGCGGUUGUUGUGAAGUAUGCAGAUAACAUACUCAAGGGUUUCGCUACCUCUGCCGCCAUCAUCCUGUCUUGCAUUGCUUCUAUAUACUUGUUUGACUUUAGGCUUUCUCUGCCAUUUACAACAGGUGCCUUUUUAGUUAUAAUCUCAGUGUAUAUUUAUAGCAAAUAUGUUCCCCAAAGUAGCCAUCCACAGAAUUUAGUCACUAUUGCUGUGAAAGAAAAGUCACCAUCACGAGUAAUGUGAGGGUUAUAUUUUUGCAUGUAAAUUUUGUUUU